AUGGCGCCGGCCUCCUCCUCGUCUGCCGGCGUCGCGUGUGCUGUCCUGCUCUUGUUCCUCGCUGGCGCCCCCGUUUCGCAUGGUUCUUUUGAGGGUAGGCGUGUUCUAUCAGUUGGACACGGAAAGGGCAUAGUGGCUCUAUGGAGGAGAUCGCUUGUCGAGGAGAAACCCUUGCCCGGUGCUGCUCCUCCCGUAAACAAUUCUCUCGUCUUGGCUGAGGCGAGGACUCACCGGAGCGACCCCCUCGCCAACCUCACCACGUACCACGGCGGCUGGAACAUCAGCGACCAGCAUUACUGGGCUUCCGUGGCGUUCACCGCGGUUCCGCUCUUCCUCGUCGCAAUGCUGUGGUUGAUCGGUUUCGGUGUCGUGCUGCUCGUCAUCUCCUGCUGCUGCUGCUUCUGCCGAAACAAGAACAACACGUACUCGCCAGGGUGUUACUUCAGCUCAUUGGCGCUUCUCAUCAUACUCACCUUGGUGACAAUCGUCGGGUGUGUGAUGUUACACUGUGGUCAGGAGCUAUUCCACAGUAGCGCGAUCAACACCAUCGACUACGUCGUCGGGCAGGGCAACCUGACGGUUGACAACCUGAGGAACUUCUCCGGCUGCUUGGCGGCGGCGAAGAACAUUGGCGUGGACCAAAUCUUCCUACCAGUUGAUGUCCAGCAGAAGAUUGAUGUCAUCGAAGAGAAGCUGAACUCUUCGGCAAACGAGUUCUCUACUCGCGCGUUGGAGAACUCCAGGAAGAUCAAGCAUGUGGUGAACCGCAUGCAGCAAGAUUUGGUGUUUGUUGCAGCUGUAAUGCUUGGCCUUGCAGUACUCGGAUUCUUGUUCUCCAUACUGGGGUUGCGGUUUCUUGUCUCCCUAUUGGUGAUCGCCGGAUGGAUCAUUCUCGCCGUCACGAUCAUGUCGUCUGCUGUUUUCCUCCUCUUGCACAACGUGGUGGCGGACACGUGCGUGGCGAUGGAUGAGUGGGUGACCCACCCGCAGGCGCACACGGCGCUGGACGACAUCCUCCCCUGCGUCGACGUCGUGACGGCGAACGAGUCCAUGUACCGGAGCCAGGAGGUGACCGCGCAGCUGGUGGCGCUCGUCAACAACGUCGUCGUCAACAUCUCCAACCGGGACUUCCCGCCGGCGUUCCGGCCGCUCUAUUUCAACCAGUCGGGCCCCUUGAUGCCCGUGCUCUGCAAUCCCUUCAACCCGGACAUGAGCCCGCGAGCGUGCGGCCCCGGCGAGGCCGACUUCAACAGCGCGCCGGGGGAGUGGAAGCGAUUCGAGUGCCAGACGACGGGCCCGCCCGGGUCGGAGGUGUGCGUGACGGAGGGGCGCGUGACGCCUGCGGCGUACAACCAGAUGACGGCGGCGGCGAGCAUCAGCCAAGGACUGUACCGGUACGGCCCGUUCCUGAUGCAGCUGCAGGACUGCUCCUUCGUGCGGGAGACGUUCACCGCGAUCAGCGACAACAACUGCCCCGGGCUCGAGCGGUAUAGCAGGCACGUCUGCAUCGGCCUGCUCGUCAUCUCCGCCGCCGUGAUGCUGUCCAUCGUCUUCUGGAUGGUGCACACACGGCAACGACGGCGGCGCACGAUGUGCAAGCAGUUGUGA